AUGAAGGAACAAAGGUUGGAUUUAUUUGGCGGCAAAACACCAUGGAGAAAAUCGGACUGGAUAGCAUCAGACGACCGUGUCAGGGCAGGAAAAUCGCAAUCUUAUCUGGCCGUAUCAGAUGGAGGAAGUGCGGCUACCUUUGAAGGCACUUUGGAUGUCAAAACGCUAGGCGGUGCCGGAUUUGCAAGCCAGAGAACGGCUUCCGAUGACAUCAGCUGGGACCUGAGCGAUUAUGAUGGGAUCGAGAUGGUGAUCGGUAGGGCUGAUGAAAUGCGGUACACGCUGACUGUGAAGGACACGCUGUUGCCCCGAGACCCUGAUACGGGCCGCGAGCAGUCCACCAUCUCAUAUGAGCACGACUUUAAGGUUUCUCCCAAUACAAAGGAACAAGAUCACGUAUUGUUGUGGAUUCCUUGGGACCAAUUUCGAGCCACGUAUCGGGGGCGCGAGAAGAAAAAUGCGCAGCGCCUGAAUACGAGACGUGUGAGACGUUUUGGAAUCAUGUGUCGAAGUUUCUUUGGGGACCAGGAGGGUAAGUUUGAAGUGGUGAUUGUGAGGAUAAGCGCCGUCAAAAAGCCUACGUUGCACGAUGCAACAGCGGAAAUGCUAGAUUCGGAUUUUGAGAAGCUCCCAGCGUGGGAUUUGGAGAAGGGUACUGCAGUUAACCACCGCUCAAAAAUUCUCAAAGCCUUCUCGUCAAGACGGAAAGCUUUCAUCGUAGUUGCAAGUUUGCUAUUGGUAUCUGUUUGGAUCUUUUGCAAAGCGUGUCCUGGAGUGAAGCUCAAGGGUAGCAAAUGGCUGGGUGGUAAUUACAGCUAUAUAAAGGCCUAUCUGGGUUCUUGA